GUGAUGAUGUAUCUGCUGUUGAAAAAACAAAACGAAGGGAAACAGAUACCAGUACCAAUGAUGGAACAUCUAAAGAAACUGCAUCAGCAUCACCAGUGGAAGAUUCACAGUUGAAAAGGAUAGAUGCCAGUGUGUUAACAAAGAUUGUACAAGUAAUGAAAGGUGAAUCUAUAAUGGAUAAUUCAUUACGGAUAUGGGACUACGGAGGUCAACUAAUCUACCACAGUAUUCACAGGUUGUACAUAACACCUGAAAGUAUCUUUGUGAUUGUUUUUAACAUGGUUGAUAAUCUUGACGAAUACGCACAAGUUGUAGAUUCAUAUGGGAAAAAACGCACAUGCUACAUGACAAAUCUAGAGUAUUUGUUAUAUUUCAUCCGGUCAGCUUACACAUACACAAAGGACAAAGCCUGUGUUACUGAUCCAAAUAUAAAGUUCCCAGUAUUCAUCAUUGUUGGUACCCAUUGCAAAUCACUGACUGAAAUUGAAGUUAAAGAGAAGUUGGACAAAAUUCGCAGGGCAAUUGGAAACCAAGUGUACAAAACCCAUGUCUAUGAGAAAUAUUUUGCUGUCGAGAACAAACUCUCAGCUUCAGAUGAAAAUAUUGUUCAAAUCAAGAAAGUAAUUCUUGAAAUGAAGGAGAAGAUGAGGAGACCUAUCCCACUCAAGUGGCUAAAUUUGUUGAUUGCAAUACAGAAUUUAAGUGAAGUGACUCUCCCUUUGGAGCAGGUUAAAUCAAUGGCAAGGGAAUAUGGAAUUUCAGAUGAGCAUAUUGAUGUUGCAAUCACAUACUUAAGUGAUGUUGGUGAAAUCAUGUAUCACCCAAUGGAAGAAGCAUUAAAGAACUUAGUGGUGAUUCAACCGAUGGAGAUUGUUAAGUAUUUCAGGACUGUGUUCACCAUCCAAGAGGAACAACAAUGGAAACCAAAACUAAGCGAUCACUGGAAAAGGUUGAAAAAAGGUGUUCUGACGAAGCGCCUUCUUAAGCAUCUUUGGGAGGAGUUUCCAAUACUUAACGACGACACAAUGUUUAAUUUUUUUGUCAACUUGAUGAACAAAUUUGGCCUCAUAUGCCAAAAAAAGAAACAGAAUACUGAUUCAGAUGGUAUUGCUUACUAUGCUCUUUCACAUUUACAACCAAAGCAAUAUUCAGAUCCAAAAGAUGACCAAGAGGAUGACAAAGUAUCCAUCUUCCAUGAUUUCUGUGGUUUUCUUCCUGACCAUUUAUUCCAUUUGGCUGUCACUAAAUUCAUUGAAGAGUUUGAAGUGGAAAAUGAAAAUGACAGUGAACUGGCAUAUGAUCAUGCAGAGUUUAGUAUUGAUGAUCAUCAUUAUGUGAGGAUAGCAGUAGCAACUAUCAAUCACCGUAGGAUGUUUAAGACAACAGUUGUGAGGAGGCAAGAACUUGAAGCUUCUUGUGUUAUGGAACCAGAACCUGCAACAUGUAAAAAGGUAUUGUCAUUUCUUCAAAAUGUCCUUAAGAAUUUGUGCUUACCUGCAAGAGGGAUUCAUUGCAAUAUGUGUAUACGUUGUAGUUAUAGUGAAAAAUGUCAGGGCAUGCCCGAUGUUAAACAUUUCAACAAAGAUAUGGUGCGAUGUGGAAAGCAUAUGACGAACAUCAAACGCUACUGCAAAUUGUUUGGAGAUGUAACUGCAAAAGUUGUGGGCUCUUCUGGUGGAGAUCUUGAAUUUGAGGAGAUCAAAUUACACAUACCGACUGGUGCAAUUGCAGAGGGUGAACAUGUUGACAUAUUACUUGGACAGCUUAAUCCAACAGAUGAAUGUGAAGUGCCUUUUGCUAGUAACCUGGAGUCAAGAAUAUCGCCUAUAGUGUCAUGCGGACCAUCGGGCACCACCUUUAACAAACAUUGUAAACUUUCAUUUCCACAUAAUGCAAUCAACAAGGAGUCUUGGGAAUUCACUGUAUACGUAAAUGAAAACGUCUGUGACGAUUGGAAGAGAAUAGAAUGUGAUGACCAAAAUACCAAGGUUUCUAUACUAGAUGGACAAUGUUGUGUAGAAACAAACCAUUUUUCUAGGUUCUUUUUAACAGGAAAGAUUCAAAUAUUAUUUCACUGUAAAAAGGAAUUGCAAUUAGGACUGUAUGGAAGGAUGUUUAAUGACGGGUGCUACAUACUUAAACUGAGAGUCUGGAGUAAACAUGAUUAUAAGGUAAUGACAGUUGUUAAAUUAUUGUAUUCAACCAGAUUUAUUCAUACAAUAUGCAAGUAUCUACAAACUAUUGUGUAUCCAUUACUCAUGUAAACAUUGUUUGUGAGUAAAUGCCACUGUACACCUUGGGGCUGAAUGGGACCACAACAUUGGAUUAUGUACUUAGUACUUAGCUCAUUGCAUAUGGUGUGUACUAUUAUAUAAUUUAUUUGUUUGCAUAUUAUAAUGAUAUUUCAAACUACAUCACAUACUAAUAAUUUUUUAUCAAUAUCUUAGUCAGUAGAAGAUGAAGUAAAUACUAAUAAAGAAAACCUUCUAGAAAUGUUCCCACCAA